AUGACUGAGAAAGUAUCUUUCUUGCUUAACUGGCAGCCUACACCUUACCACAUUCCGAUCUACAUUGCUCAACAAAAGGGCUACUUCAAGGAGGAAGGUGUGGAUGUCUCCAUCUUGGAACCUUCGAACCCUUCCGAUGUGACUGAGUUGAUCGGAUCUGGUAAGGUGGACAUGGGUCUCAAGGCAAUGGUACACACUCUUGCUGCCAAAGCCCGUGGUUUCCCAGUCACUUCUGUUGGCUCUUUGUUGGACGAACCAUUUACUGGUAUCUUGUACUUGGAAGGUAGCGGAAUUACUUCUGACUUCACCUCCUUGAAGGGAAAGCGCAUUGGAUAUGUCGGUGAAUUCGGUAAGAUUCAGGUUGAUGAGUUGACUAAGCACUACGGAAUGACGCCUUCUGACUACACUGCUGUCAGAUGCGGCAUGAAUGUUGCAAAGUACAUUAUCGAGGGAAAGAUCGAUGCUGGUAUUGGUAUUGAAUGUAUUCAACAGGUGGAGUUGGAGCAAUAUUUGGAGGAACAAGGCCGUCCAAUUACUGAUGCCAAGAUGCUCAGAAUUGAUCAAUUGGCUGAAUUGGGCUGUUGCUGCUUCUGCACUAUUCUCUAUAUUGUCAACGACAAGUUCUUGGCAGAAAACCCAGAGAAGGUUCGCAACAUCAUGAAAGCACUCAAGAGGGCUACUGACUACGUUCUUGCAAAUCCAGAGCAGGCAUGGUCGGAGUAUUCUGACUUUAAGCCACAAAUGACCUCAAAGUUGAACACUGCCAUGUUCGCCAGAUGUUUCGCCUACUUCUCUGAUUCCUUGUUCAACGUGCAUCGUGACUGGAAGAAGGUCAAUGCAUAUGGAAAGAGAUUGGAAAUCUUACCUGCUGAUUAUAAGCCCAACUACACGAACGAAUUUCUUUCAUGGGCUGCUCCUGAAGAAGUUGAGGACCCAUUAGAGGCUCAACGUUUGAUUGGAGAGCUUCAGAAUGAAUGCAGACGCUGUGGAGGUGGGUUUAGACGUUUGAAAAUUUCUGCUUAA